AUGGCGCCCACAGCACGGGGCGCGAUGGCCCGAGUGGACGAGCUCGCCCCCCGCCAGGUCGGGGGGUAUCUCGAAAGCUACCCCACGGCAUUACGCUACAAAGCCUCGGUGUCCAGUCAUGCGCCUCAGGGCGGUGAAACGCUCGCCGAGCUGGACGAGUGGUACCAGGCGCUUCCGCAUCUCGCCUCACUCAACGACUUGGCCUCGAGCAUCCACGACAAGCCGUCGCUGGUCAGGCUCAUGCGGUGGAAGCUCGCGCGGGAAAAGCACCGCCCCACGCUCCUCUCGCUGAUUGCAUCCAACCCGCCCGCCGUGUGCACCGAAGUCCUUCGUCGCGCGGCCGAGCACCUCCUCUCCCACCACACCCUCUCGCUGUCCUCCUCCUCGUCCUUCCCCGCAUCCGAGCUACUCAACGCCGUGCAAGCGACGAUGAAGAUCCUCGCCGAGCUGCGCGGCGUGGGCCCCGCCACGGCCUCGGCCAUCGUCGCCGCCUGGGUGCCUCACGGCAUCUUCCAGUCGGACGAACUCGCGCUCAACCUCCUAGGUGCACACACAAAGAUCGAGUAUACCUGGCCGUUCUACAAGCGCUUCUAUGCGGAUGCCGUGCAGUGCCUGCAGCGCGUCAGCAGCGCGGAGGAGCACAGUAGCGCUGCGGUGCAGACCGGCAGGGACCUGGAGAGGGUCGCUUGGUGCAUGUUCUACAGCGACCCCGCGGCAGGCGCAGAUGACAAGCCAGCCACCGCGUUGCCCGCGAAGGUAGGCGCGCAAGAGCCGGAGGAUGAGGGUGAGGACGAGGACGAGGGCAUGGUGUCCAAGGCCGCCGGUGGGAAAGCAGGUAAACGCAAGACGAAGCAGCUGAAAGUCGAGUUGGUGGAGACGUCACAGCCAGCCAGCGCGCGGACGACGAGGACGUCCAAACGAACCCGCCAAGCAGAUCCCGCUUCCUACGGUGAGGGUAAGGGCAAUGUUGCCUGA